AUGACUGCAGUCCUCGUCAUCAGCCUGAGUCGCUAUCUGGGUGGUGAACCAGUCAGCAAUAUCAUUGAUAAAAACUGGACUAAACACCCCCAAGAACAAGCGAGCCGUUUCAACAGUGUCGGAUUUGACUUUGAUGCCAACGAUAUCCCUACGACGCUGAAGGACCUUGAGGCCAAAAUUUAUGGACAAGAAUGGGAUGGUAUCAUGGUUGGAUGGUGCUUGCGUGGAAACCCCGAUCGUACUGCUCUAUUUGAGAAAGUGGUGACUCUAAGUACAAGGACAAUGCAAGUUCGUCCACAGAUGAAGUUGAUGUUUUGCGCUGGGCCAAAUGAUAUUGCGGAUGCGACGUUGAGGAAUUUUCCUGUUAGCUCGGUUUAA